AUAGGGUAUGAAAAAGUAAGGGGUAAAAGUGACUUUUAAAUAUGAAUGAGAAGUGUUUUGUGGGACGGAUAAAAAAAGAAAGGAGAAAGGUUUGAUGGGACGGAGGGAGUAUCAUUUUUAUUUAAUUUGAGGUCAAAGUCUAUCAAUUUUGACAAAAAAAAGUGGACGAAUACUCUGGGACGGAGGGAGUAGUUUUUCUUCUAUAUAUAUAUAUAAAUAUAAAAUAUGUAUACCAUCCUCCAAUCAACUAAGCUAACAUCAAUUAUAGGGAUCAAAAAUAUGGGUAGAGCACCUUGUUGUGAAAAGAAUGGAGUUAAGAAAGGUCCUUGGUCCCCUGAGGAAGACCAUAAACUCACUCACUUCAUCCUCAAACAUGGCCAUCCUAACUGGAGGUCCCUCCCCAAGGCCGCCGGGUUGGACAGGUGUGGAAAGAGUUGUCGCUUGCGUUGGACGAACUAUUUGAGGCCCGACGUUAAGAGAGGAAGGUUUUCGUUCGAAGAAGAGGAGACAAUCAUCCAACUCCACCGCGUGCUCGGAAACAAGUGGUCAGCAAUAGCUGCGAGGCUGCCGGGGAGAACAGACAACGAGAUAAAGAAUUAUUGGAACACUCACAUAAGAAAGAGACUGUUGAGGAUGGGAAUCGAUCCCGCGACCCAUGCCCCAACGCUCCAUCUUCUCCAUCAACUCUCCUCCCUUCUCGCCAUUUCAAAUAAUCCUCACUUUCUCUUCAACUUCGCCACUACUCUGCAUCAACAGGGCCUGUAUUUGGGCCCACAAAAUCCAAUCCUUGGGCCAGAUUUCAGCAGUAGCCCGAACCAAAGCCCGGCACAGCCCAAUACCGACGACUCCGCGUUUGGACGGUUUUGCGCCCAGCCCAAUGGAUGGGAAACUGAAGGAGAAGGCUAUUUCACUCCGCCGCCUCUUGCCGGAGACUACGGUGGCUACUGCCAACCCUUCUCCGCCGAUCCUCGUCAGUUGCUCGAUGCCUCCGCACUCUAUUCAAACGACGCCGUCUUUAGCUAUUCCGGCUUCCGCCCUGCAGUCUCGUUUUCCGACAUUUCGACGCCGAGUAGCGCCGCUGCAUUGACGGCGGAUGAUGAGAUCGGAGACAUGCUGAACUUGGAUGGAUACCCAAGUCUUGUGGGAGUUGAUGAAUUAUUCAUGUAAUUAUGCUAAUAAUGAGUAAAUAAGAAUAUAUUGUGUACCCAAAUGGUCCUUACAAUCAAACUGCAGGCUCGACUCUCAAACUUGGAUUUUUGUGGUAUGGGCAGGCCUGACCCGUAACAGACAGGGCCUGCAAAUUUGAGAGUCCAGCUCAGGUUUUAUGUUUUAGGCCGACAGAUCGGUUCGGCUCAAACUAAUACUAAUAAUUAUAGAAUUAAAUU